UCUGUUGCGAUUAUAUUCGUAUUAGCUUAUAAAUAUGUGCGAUGUGAAGUCGAUGUCCGAUAAUGGCGAGUCUGCCGUGAGAUCUAUGAAUGAGAAUGUUCCUUCGAACUGCGACAUUCAAAUAACGCAGAAGUGCUUGAUCAUCAAUGAGUGCAAGAGCGUGUUGAAGUCGACCAGUGAGCGCGAGUAUUAUCAGCUUUUCACGACUCUGAUUGAGGAGACCAAAGUGGAGGAAAGUAAGAGAUUUGAGGAGAUCAAAGUGAAAGUAAGUAAGAAGUUCGAGGAGACCAAGGUGGAGGAAAGUAAGAAGUUUGAACAGACCAAAGCGGAGGGAAGUAAGAAGUUUGAAGAGACAACAUCUGGUGGCUUCAGCGGGAAAAAGCCGAUCAAUGCUGAGGAACGAGCACGCCCUGAGAAUAAGACUCACGCGGAGUCGUUCGAGACGACGGCGAAACUGUCGGAACUGUCGGAGAAGUCAGCCAAGUCGAAAGGAAGAAAACGAGUGUUCUCUCUGAUCGACACUCUGAUCUCUCUGAUUAUAGUUGGACCUUUGGCGAUCAGCUGCUGGAGAGGGAUUUGGACAUGGAUGGACCUUCACGCGGAAUUGUUCCCCGACUGGUUCUGCUUCACGUGCGGUGCCGCUCUUCACGUGACAUUCGCGUUCUUCAAGGAUCGAUUUCACGACACGUUUAUGAACGAAUGGACAAAACUGAGCGCGUUCAAACGACUGCCCUACCGCGCACUGCGAAUUCUGUACACAUACACUUUCGGCGUGGCCUGCAACGCUCAUUGGCGAGGUUGCUGGAUCAUCAUUGAGGAUUAUUUUUUUAUGCACAUAUGGAUAACAACGUGCCUGAUGUGUUUGCUGCUGGCGUGUCUGGCGAUCCUGCGCUGCAUACGGAACUUGAUAGGACCGCCAUUGAUAAUCUUCACCGAUAGGCCGAUUUAUACGUUCCAGUUUCCCACUAGAUACAACGUGGAGGAUUCUCCUGAAAUUAAAAGGAAAAUAUUCUACACCCAAAAAGAAGAACUCCAAUUGCAAGAUGCCAUUUCCUAUAAUCCUAUAUCCAAGGAUUAAACUUUCACUAAAAGAAUAAGGCAUACAUAUUGAGGAAUAUACAAGAGAUUUCCACCAAGAGUGAGACUCUGCUCUUUGGUGUGCGCGAACUUGCGAUCUUGCUCUGUUCGUCGUGUUUCGACUGUUGUACACACGGCACCCUUGAAAAUGCGCUGGGCAAGGCCGUUGACCCGCACACGGCGAGUGCGCGACGAUAAGUUGGUGAACGGAAGUCGCUCGUCCUCGAAGAUCGCGCCUCGCCACCGUCGUCGCCGUCGUUGUUGUUGCUGUCAUCGUCUUCGAGUCGGCGUUAUCGAGGGAAAAGCCCGCGAGCUCU